AUGUCUAAGGUAAUAACAAAACCAGCAAAGAACAAAUACAAAAAAGGAGAGAAAGUCCAAAUCACCAAAUCUGGUAAAGAACAAACAAAUACAACAUUGAAAAAUGAAAAACAACAAAGAAAGUUACUUAUUACUAUAGUCAAAGUUCAAAUUACCAUUUUCAUCAAAGAACAAACACAAGAAAAGAAAGAAACUCCAAAGCAUCAAACCUGGCAAAGAACAAACACAAGAAAGUCUAAAGCAACAAACCUGUCAGAAGCACCAAACCUAGCAAAGAACAAAUACAAAAAAGAAGAGAAAGUCCAAAGCACCAUUCUCAGCAAUGAACCUACAAGAAAAAAAGAAAUAUUAGUUCAAAGUGUUGAAAAUGAAAAAUAA